UGUGUCUCCAGACUCCGCCCAGCUCGGUAUCUGUGUGCUGCGCUGCUUACGGCUUGUUAUUGUUUUGGGGGAAGGGGAUCCUGGCAGGAGGGAGGAAACCGACCGAGAUCGACGGGUGAAAGGACCGAGAACGCUCUCAGACAUGGGGAACUGUCACACGGUGGGGCCCAAUGAAGCCUUGGUGGUGUCAGGUGGUUGCUGUGGAAACGAUGACAAGCAAUAUGUAUUUGGAGGUUGGGCCUGGGCAUGGUGGUGUAUUUCAGAUACACAGCGGAUUUCCCUAGAAAUAUUGACGUUACAACCAAAAUGCGAGGACGUUGAGACGGCCGAGGGGGUAGCUAUAACUGUCACGGGUGUGGCACAGGUUAAAAUUAUGACUGAGAGAGAACUUUUGGCUGUGGCUUGUGAGCAGUUCCUGGGAAAAAAUGUACAUGAAAUUAAGAAUGUUGUACUUCAAACCCUGGAGGGUCACUUACGAUCUAUUCUUGGUACAUUAACUGUGGAGCAAAUCUAUCAGGAUCGAGAUCAGUUUGCCAAGCUUGUGCGGGAAGUUGCAGCUCCCGAUGUUGGUCGAAUGGGUAUUGAGAUUUUGAGCUUUACCAUAAAGGAUGUGUAUGACAAGGUUGAAUAUCUCAGUUCUUUGGGUAAGACUCAAACCGCGGUUGUCCAGAGAGAUGCUGAUAUUGGUGUAGCGGAGGCAGAGCGUGAUGCAGGCAUACAGGAAGCAACAUGCAAGCGAGAAAUGCUUGAUGUGAAAUACCUAUCUGACACAAAAAUAGCGGAUUCAAAACGUGCGUUUGAAAUGCAGAAGGCGGCAUUUAGCCAGGAAGUAAAUACUAAGAAAGCAGAGGCACAGCUGGCAUAUGAACUUCAAGCUGCGAAGGAACAACAAAAGAUCCGUCAGGAAGAGAUUGAGAUUGAGGUGGUGCAACGUAAGAAGCAGAUAGACAUUGAGGAGAAAGAAAUUAUCCGUACGGACAAGGAAUUGAUUGCAACUGUCAGGAGACCAGCUGAAGCAGAGUCUUAUCGAAUUCAACAGAUCGCUGAAGGACAAAAGGUAAAACAGGUGCUCACUGCUCAAGCUGAGGCUGAAAAGAUUCGUAAAGUGGGUGAAGCGGAAGCUUCUGUUAUUGAAGCCAUUGGAAAAGCCGAGGCAGAGAAAAUGCGGCUGAAAGCAUCCGCCUAUCAACAGUACGGAGAAGCUGCAAAGAUGGCUAUUGUCUUGGAUUGCCUGCCUCAGAUUGCUGCCAAAAUAUCUGCUCCUCUGUCAAAAGUUGAUGAAAUUCUCAUUCUGAGUGGAGAAAACAGCAAAAUAACUGGGGAAAUGAAUCGUCUGCUGGCUGAGGUUCCUGCUUCUGUUCAAGCUCUGACAGGAGUAGAUCUGACAAAGAUUCCACUGAUCCAGAAAGCUACAGGCUUGGUUUUAUAAUAAUUAGGACAAUGCCAACCCGAUAUGCACUCUACAGUCAAUUGCCUUUGGGACUCUUGUUUUAUACAGAAACUACAGUAUCUGUUAAAUAUCUGGUGCCUUAUGUUUUAGGACCAGAAACACGGCUCACAUAUCAUCAUUCUUUAUUCUUUUGAAUUUUCUGUAAUAGAUUUCAGUUUAGCAAAAUGUUUUAUUUUGUUUUUUUUUCCUUGUUAUGAAUGAGUUUGUUACAUUGGGAAACUGUUUGCAAGGCAGAAUUCUGGUUUGGCUAGAGUUGGUGCCUCUGUGCCUUCGGGUUCUUUGCCCUGUGGUGUAAUGCUUUCAGUGCUGCCAAUAAUGCUGCUUUUAACUUUAAGUGGAAAAGCUCCAGCCAUUUUCCUAUAAAGAUUGACCAUGGUUAUGACACAAGGCUCCUGCUACUACGAUGUAUAAUUGCUAAUGUGUAUGGGAGCCAUCAAUUCUGUAAUCCAUACUAGAAGUACUCCUAUGCACUGCCAAAUGUUUAAAAAAAACUGGAGUUGGCUUAUUGUUGACUAUCAAAUGAAGAUGAUGUGCUGUGUUAUAUAUCUGUUAUGUGUUUGGCACUGUAUUUGUGUGUGUACUUACAUUCUACAUAAUCAUCCCUUUGGGUGCAGCAAUGCACAUGGUAUAAACCAUUGGUGUCCAAAUUUGGCUUUCGAUCUGGUUUUGGACUGCAUUUCCCAUAAUCCUCUGUUAACAGCUACCAGGACAUUAUGGGAUAUUGUAGUGCAAUGGCAGUUAUAGUGUCAAGUUUGGACACGUCUAUUAUAUAAUGGUUGAUACACAGACAAUCUAUCUUACUCUGCCUUCAGCUGGUGCUCCAGUCCCAUGUCAUGCCUUCAAAGCAUUCGCCUGAACUUUGCGAGCAUGAUUUUGGCUGAAUCCAAAUACAUAGCAUUUGUUUUGUGAUGCUGAUAUACAAUCUGCUUUAAUUCCAUCAUGUUUUCUGAAUUUUAAGUUUGUGGUUUUUAAUUAAAUGUGUUAAGCUGAGAUGCAUCUGUACAACUUUUUAGAACCUUGUAACCCGUGAUGAAAAGAAGGCAGGCACUGUAAUAAAGCAGUAUAACCAU